UGGAGACACACUUUACCAAAUAUAGCCACUGCGGGGCGUGGGAUACAUUCUGCUGUGAUGCUGCUGCGCCGUCGAGAUCUGACGGAACUUCCAGGUUUACAGCGAGAACAAUUAGCUGAAACUCCGGAUCAACAAAUUGAUGUGAUUAGAGUUGGAAUGGGCGCGGCAUGCCCGCUACGUGGGACGGCCAGGAAACCUCCAUUAUACUCCAAAAAUGCCCGCUAGCAGAAAAUAGCCUUAAUCAUUAAGUCACUGGGUGAGCUGCAGCCUGUCUAACAAUCAACAGCAGAGAGAAUCAAUUAGAAUGGUCCUCCUUGGAAAAACUGGAGCUGGGAAAAGCAGCUUGGGCAACACUAUAUGCGGAGAUCAACUGUUCACGGUCAGCCACUCAGUGAACUCUGAAACGAGCAAGUGCAAAGCCAUAACCAGGUCUGUCAGUGGGAGAAACCUUAUGGUCAUUGACACCCCGGGUUUCUUUGACACCGAUCAGUCUGAGGAGGACCUGAAGCCUGAGAUAAUCAGGUGUAUCACAGAGUGUGCUCCUGGGCCUCAUGUGUUUCUAAUUGUGCUCAAAGUGGAGAAAUUCACAGAACACGAGCAGGCUGUUAUUAAGAAAAUCUACACAUACUUCUCUGAGGAUGUUUUUAAAUAUGCUGUGGUGGUCUUCACUCAUGGCGACCAACUGCCUGAUGGGAUGCAGAUUGAGGAGUUUGCUGGUCAGAAUAAGCUUGUGAGUGAAUUGGUGAAGAAGUGUGGCGACCGCUGCCAUGUCUUUGACCACAAAUACUGGAACAAUGACCAAAAGGAGGAAUACAGGAACAACCAGUUCCAGAUGGAGAGGCUGCUUCAAACCAUUGAUAUAAUGGUGAGGGCAAACAAGGGCAGCUGCUACACCAAUGAUUUCCUGAAGGCAGUGAAGAAAGAAAUACAAGAAGAGGAGGAGAACAUUCGACUGCUUCCAGGAAGCCUGUCAGAGGCAGAGAUCAGAGAGAGGGCCAAAACAAGUGUUCUUGAAAAACUCUUGAUCAGAUUGUCAGCCAUUGCAGUAGGUUUUCUGUUAGGAGCAGUUUUUGGUGUGGUUGUCUUUGUUGGAGGAGCCUUAACCAUUUUAAAGGGAGCUCCAAAGCCAGUACCGCUGAAGGAAGCAAUGGGUGAAACAGUUGCAGCUGCCGCAGGGACAGUACUUGGAACAGGUGUAGCAGCAGUGGCAGGAGGUUCAGCAGCAGCAGUGGUGGGCCUUCCGGGAACAGUUGUUUCAGGAUUUGCUGCAACAGGAGCAGUUAAAGGUGCUUUAAUUGGAUACGAUGUGGCUGAGGGAGCACAGACUCCAGAGGAAGCUGCACAGAAAACAGCAGAGGCAGUGAAGAACGAAGCACAGGUCUACUUGGAUAAAGCCCACCAGUUUUGGAACAAAGUUGUACAACCAAACAGUCAAGCAUCAGAGGAGGAAGAGGAGAAGUCUUUGCUUGGUGACACACUUAACUGAAACUUUAUCAACUGAGCUGAUUAUGUAGAAUCAAAAUCAAUUUUCUUGGCCAAGUUUGAGUGCACAAACAAGGAAUUUGACUUUGUUUUCCAUCACUCUCAUCCGAUUUACCUAAAAAAAAUCAUCUGGGCAAUUGGAGAGUAGUGCUUAUUUGCCAUUCAUGGAAUCUGAUUGGAAUACACAUUAUAAAAAGAUGAGAUUGUUAAACCUGUGUUAUUGUGUUAGUUUAUGCCCCUGUCUGAACAUCUAUCUUUCUAAUAAUGGUCAUUGUUCCCUGUAAUCAUAUCAAAGCUAAAAAGUAUCUUUCUGGUUGAAAAGUCACACAGUAUUUUGGUGAAAGGAGAUUAUGAAAUACGGAAAUAAAAAAAUUGCCUGUG